AUGGCACGCAGUAUCGCAGGGGAUACUAUUUGGCGAGAUGGAAUAUACCCUCGUUGGCCCGUAUUCGUCAAGACACUUCGCCAACCGGCUGGAGCGAAGAGGCAAUAUUUUGCGCGAAAACAAGAGGCCACUAGGAAAGAUGUUGAGCGAGCUUUUGGUGUGCUCCAAGCGCGAUGGGCCAUUCUACGCUGCCCGGCACGAGUGUGGCACGAAGAUGAUGUCGCGGAUAUUAUGGUAGCAUGUAUCAUAUUGCACAAUAUGAUAAUAGAAGAUGAAGGAUUUGCUGCAGAACGUUGGGCGCCGGAAGAUGGUGCAAGUACAAGUCACGGCGUUGCCUCCGCGCCGAUACAGAUGGGUGUACCACGUAGUAAUGAAUAUCUGAUCCAACGUUUCGCUGAUAUACGCAGGAGCACAACACAUGACCAACUCCAGGUCGAUUUGAUUGAAGAGAUCUGGGCACAUAGGGGAGGCGGCGUAGCGUGA